AUGGAGGCUCCACCUCCAAGACAGAGCACUUCAGUGUAUCCUGGGUCUCUCCCAUUUGCUGUCAGGAGCGCCAUGGAGGCUCCAGGGAUCCACCUUGCCCUGUGGCUUCUAACGUUUACCAUGCUCCUGCCGAUGCUUUCUACUGAGUUAAUGUUCCCUCCAGGAGUCAGGGAUCAACUCUGUGAAAGUGGGCAUCUUGGAAUAAUGUGCAACCAACCCGUAAAGCAAGGCCACUGCACCUUCCGUUUCCACAGAUACUACUUCAACAAGGACACAGCCUUAUGUGAACUCUUCGUCUUCAGUGGCUGUGGGGGCAACAGAAACAACUUUAAAAAUAAAUACCUCUGUGAACUCCAUUGCAUAGAAGUAGAGGUAAGCCUCUUGUUGCCUCACCCCACCUUUAAGGAUACUGCGUGGUUGGGAUCACUGCUUUACAGGGCAACAUCUAGAAAGAGGCUAGCAGGAAAUGAGCAGAGAAUCAAUAAAUCACUUCCACAUACAGAUAUGUGA